GUGUGGAGUCUUUAUCCAGAGGGAUUCAGCGUCUUUAGUCUGUAGGAGACCACCAAAAGUCUGUAAAAUACAGACAUGUCUGUAAAUCUGGCAUCGCUGGCCCCUGAAGCCAACAAUAAUGUCUAAAAGAUGUUGUGCAGCGUCCUGCUACAAUUCAGUUACUACAAACCGAAAUGUAGAAUAUUUCGGGUUUCCUAAAAACGCAAAAUAUGCGACAGCUUGGGCUCAAGCAGCCGGGCGAGAGGAUUUACUAGAAAAAAGCUUGAAUAACAUAAUAAAAUACUUUCUAUGCUCAGAGCACUUUUCCGACGAAUGUUUCCAAGAUUCUCCACACAACCGAAAGCUUAAAAAGACGUCACGACCAGUUGUGGUUCCAAUACCAACAAUAUUUCAGAAUAAUUUUGUUGAAUGCGUUUCGAAAUCACUAAAGGAAGAUCGCUGUACAUUAGUAUUAGAUAACGAAAGAGAAUCUUGUGCUGUGGGUCACAAAAAAUACUCGCAAGAAAAUAACUUUGAAAGACUAACAGUAGAAGACACCUCACACGAAUCUACCAAAGUAGAAAAACCGUUGUUAGCGGCUGAUAAUGAUAUUGUUAGUAAUACUCUGGAAGCAGAAAUUAUCCAAAGCGAUGUGAUCGACGAAGAGCACAUCAUGUGUUUGGUUGAUACAGUUUCAGAAGUUAGUGAAACACCAUACGACUCGCAAAUAUUCGGAUUAGUGAACUGUCGAUUAUGUCUUUCGGCAAAAGAAAACGAGCUACUCAUACCGAUAUUUGGUAAUGGGAGCGAGAUAGCUUACAUGCUGGAAAGGAUUCUUCCUGACACGGUGAGAAAUGCGAACAAUCGUUUGAAAUUAAGACAAAUCGUCAAAUGUCAUCAUGCAUUAUGUUUUAUCACGAUUUUCUCUAUAGCAAAUUAAGCCAAACGAUGGAUUUCCUCAGCAAAUAUGUCUAGUUUGUCUCGAAAAUGUUACCCAAUGUCUGAAUACGAUUGAAAAGUUCAAAGCGAUACAAGACAAAUUGCAAGCAGUGUAAUUAUAUAUUUUUGUUAGUUUAUAUAA